AUGCUUGAAGAACUCGUUUUUACACAUAUUGGAGAAUUUUAUUACUCAGAUGCUAUUAACGAUUUGAUGAACAACCAUCCUUCAUUGAAAUCACUUAAAUUUAUAAUGUGUCAAAUUGAUCAUAACGAAUAUCGUUUCCUUCAAAAAUCUAUUGUUGACAAAAAUAAGAUUACAAAUAUUGAAUUUAAACGUGUUAGAGUUGAGAAGAUAAAUGAGAAAGAUUUAUAUGGCUAUUUCCUGACCAAAGAAUCCGCAAUUAAACGACUUUCCAUCUCACAUUCUAAUUUUAUAUUUGAUCAUCUUAAGAUUAGUCAUUUUCCAAGUAACAUUGAAGAAAUCAAAUUGGACCUUAGUCGAAUUGACGAAGAUAACAUGAAGGUUCUUGUUUCAAUAAUCAAAAAAAGUCCGAAUUUAACGCAUAUUGAUUUAACUCGGAAUAUCAUCAAUAAUAAAGCGCUCGAAUUAAUCGUUAAUGUUUUAAACGAACAUCCGAAUCUGAAAGUUUUAAGCAUUUCUGGUGUUAGUAAUAACUUACUUUUCAAGCAUCCUAAUAUGCUCAUUAAUGAGACACCGAUUGAUCCGGAUCUUGAUUCCAGCAUAGCGAUUGAUCUUAAUUUUAUGAACAUGAGACGAAGAAUUGAAAGAAUUGAAAAAUUGCAAAAAGAAAUAACUGAAGAGUAUUCGAAGCAGAAUCCUAAGAGAAAAGCAGAUGAUGAAGAUAUUGAU